AGCUCUAAAAGAAAAAAAACCUCUUUGCCUUCUCUGUUUGCCUCUGUUGUGGUGGGUCGACGUUGGCCGCGGUACCGUGCUUCGUAGAUGCUCCGUCAUCGUACGCUGCUGAGAUGCAGCGCGGCAGCCGCACAGACGCUCACGGCGUGGCUGUCUCGUCUCGCCGAGCAGGCCGAGGCCCUUCCGAGAGCUUCAGAAACGGGCGGUGUGUCGUCAACAUCGGCAACGGCGCCGGCUGAUGCCGGUGCUUCUUCUUCUUUCACUUCCUCCUCUACGGCGGCGGCGCAGCGGCUGCUUCGCGACAUCGAAGAGGCCGCCACGCACGCGAAUGCGCUGCGCGAGACGGACACCCUCUUCUCAAUUCUGCACUGCGUGCUGCGGAAGCGUCACUUCCCAACAGAUGCGGGGGCCUGGGCCCGUCUUGCGGAUCAGCUCCUGCCGUUUGGCGGCAUCGAAGCCGGCAGCGUGUUGUGCUACCCAGCCCCAUCGAAGGCCGCGGCACGACAUGGGGCGCACCUGCAGUAUCUCCCGGACGAAGCGAGCGCCUGGCCAAUUACUUCGCCCGGUUCUUCGCUCCACUCCGCCCCUCACAAGUCCUACCGCCUGCCGACCACGCGGGAGACGCUGCUCCUGACCGGCGGUGUCGUGCCGCUCAGUGCGCGCGUGCCGUGCGGUGACGGCCGCAUGGUGGCGCUCUUCCUCGACGACUUCAUUCAGUUUGUUCGGGCAGGGGAGAGGAGCGGACUCGCGCCGGACGUGGCGAACGCCGUCCAGUCCGUUUCGAAGGCGGUGCUGGACGCCGUGAAGGCAAACGCACCCACGUUGCAAUGGGAGCUGCUACUUCCGUCGCUGCUAGAAUAUAUGCGGCUGCUGCACGAGCUGGACCUCCAGAGCGCGGCGUCGGUGUUGCAGAAUCCGAAAGAGGCGGAGGCAGACGUCGAAGCGGAGGGCGACAACUCCGACAGCGAAACUGCCAAGCCCGCUCAGCGGACACGGUUUCUGCGGCGCAUGCUGGACGGCCUCGCCCAUCGUGCCUUAACGGACGGCGCACACGGCGCACGGGUUGCGGUAUACUAUCUACACGACUACUUCGCGAAGGUCGUGGAUGCUUUUCAGGCCUCCGACAGGUUCGCCCACACCUCGCCAGAAGACGCAGGGCGACUCUAUUGGAUGCAGCAGCGCUACUUCAUCUCACUCACGCAGAGUUGCAUGCGGGCGGUGUAUCUGCACUACACCCCUGACGCUGCCGCUCAGGCGCGCCCUGUGCGCAGCUCCUGUGUGCCUGCGGAUGCGAUUCUCGCGGCCCCCAUCCACAGCAAAAUCGCCGCGCUGUACGAUCAAAUAGAUGUUGUGUUUCAGCAGAACACCAACGCCGCCAACCCGCUGCGCGUGCCCGAGGCGACGGUCUCGCAGCUGAAAGACAUUCACACGUUGGCGCUGCUGCGUGCGCUGCGCAUCGAGGAGUCCGCCCCGGACGCGUAUUUGAGACGCGCACUGGAGGUGGUGGAUCGCGUGCCGGCCUCCAUGGCGAUCGAAGGAGAACUGAUUGCCGGUAAGGUGCGCCUGCUCGACCUUGACAGCGACGCCGUGGACGAGGACGGGCGAACAGCGAUUUACAACGACUUGUUGACGUCGCUGCGGAGUCUGGUCGAGAUGCGACCUCGCUUUGCGCGACACGGUGGCACGGGACCGUCGAGUGAUGGUGACGCGGGAGAACGCUCGGGUGGUGAAGGUACCAACACGAACGAAAGGGGCGAGGAGGACGCCGACGACGGCGGCGCAGACCCGGUGCGAGUGGACGCCGUCACGCAGGGCAUCCUGCAGCGGGCGCACGCGGACGUCAUCACGGCGCUUUGUGCGGCGCACAAGGACGAGUGGUCGAACGAGGCGUACAACAUCCUCGUCACGCACAAGUACAACGGGGUGAAGAUCACGAAGGAACUCAUCUUGCCCGUCCUGGAGGUCUUUAGUCGCCGUGGUGACUGUCGUGCCUUCAACCUGGUUGACUUGUGCGUGCUGUACAGCAACGAGUCGAUCGACAUGCGCACCAUCGCGCUGCUUUUCCGCACCUGUGCGGCGGCGGGUGACCACUACCGCGCAGAAACAUUUCUGCAGCUGCUGAGUGAGAUCAUCCCCGGUUUUCUGGUGAGGUGUCCGGCGUCGGUGAAGGAGUCACUGCAGGAGCUGAAGCUGCUGGACCCACUACCGCGGCACCUCUUCGUGUCCGCUGAGGAGGACUUGGUGCAGAGCGCGUUGGGUGCGGAGGCGCGUGUGGUGCGUCGCCUGCCCGAUGUGGCGUAG